AUGUCACAAACAUUAAUUAAACCUAAUAUGGCAUUUUUUCCACAAGUAAACGAAAAAGAUAUAAGAAAUAGGAGAAGUUUAUCAAUACCAUCUGAUAUAAAAGAUUUUAAAUUUAAUACAGUUUAUUAUCCAAUGCCUGAUCCACGUCAAGGACCAACUGAUGGUCCAACAGUUAUUCCAAUUGUUUAUGGAAAUUUUAAUAUGACUGAUGGUGAUAUGAUAAAACUUUCAACAACAUCAAUACUUAUAUUAGAUGAAAAUUCAAAAAAAUCUGAGAAAUGUUAUAUACUUGUUGAUACUGGUUUAUCUUUAUUUAAAAAUACUGUAACAGGAGGUUUAGCAGCACAUGGUGUUAAAUUAAGUGAUAUUAAUAAAUUAAUUUUAACACAUACAGAUGUUGAUAAUUUAGGAAAUUUAAAUAAUUUUCCUGAUGCAUUAAUAUUUUCUGGAAAUAGAGAAAUUAAAAGAGCAUCAUUUAAAGUUAAUACAGAGGAUGGUUAUGAACAUUCUGAAUAUGGUAUGCCAACAAUAAAAUUAUGUGAUAAUACAGAAAUAAUGCUUACACCAGGACAAUCACCAGAAGGUUUAUCAGUAAUAGCUAGAAAUGUUUCAGGAUAUGGUGAUAUUGCAAUUGUUGGUAAUUUAUUUAUAUCAGAAUCAGAUUUAACAAAACCAUUAUUAUGGCAACAAUUUGUUAAAGAUGCCAAUCAAGCAUCUAUUUGGGAAGCAAGUAGAGAACAAAUUUUAUGUACAGUUGAUUUUAUUGCACCUGGUUAUGGAGUAAUGUUUAAAAUUCCUGAUGAAAUAAAAAAUCAAGUUAAAAAUAAAUGUAAUGAAUUUAAAAAUUCACGUAUUUAA